AUUUGUGCGUCCAUUUUUCCCAGAGAAGCCGCUUACUCACUCAGUCAGUCUGCACACUUGCACAGAAUUGAAAAGAAACGAACACUUGAAAAAGCCGUACGUUCCGGUCCAACUGAGUUCCUUUCCUGCUGUAGUGCUUUGCCCUCUCACUCCCUCGAAAAGGCUUCUCUGCUUAUACUCUUCCGAGUUUUUUUUGGUCUAUUUCUUUGUUCCCUUGGAAAGGUUGUAACCUAAUUUCCACCAAAAGAGUCAAGAAACUGCAGGAGUGAGAGAGUGAAGACAGAUUUUUCCUUUGAUGGACUCCAUUUCGCCGACGAUCGGCGUAAAAUUCGUCGCUCCACUGAAGAAACCUCCUUGUUUUUUCGGGUUUUCAGGCUCCAGCCUUCCGCGUUUGCGAUCUUUCGAUAGAAUUUUCCAGAAAAGUCGUGUCUUUACUGAGACCAGGAAUCCGGCGAUAGACUUCAGUGACCCUCAUUGGAAAACCAAGUUUCAGGGGGAUUUCGAGAGACGAUUCAACCUUCCUCAUCUCACUGACCUCUUCGACGAUAUCGAACCCAUUCCAUCUACCUUUUGUCUCAAGAGCAGGCUCCCCGUGUCCGAGGAGUUUGCAGAUGGUUAUCCAUCAGAUGAGAAGUGGCAUGGAUAUAUAAACAACAACGACAGAGUUCUUCUUAAGGUCAUACACUACUCCUCACCUACAUCUGCUGGUGCUGAGUGCAUUGAUCCAGCUUGUACUUGGGUUGAGCAGUGGAUUCAUCGUGCUGGUCCACGUGAGAAAAUAUACUUCAAACCAGAACAAGUAAAUGCAGCAAUUGUAACUUGUGGUGGGCUUUGUCCUGGUCUUAAUGAUGUUAUCAGACAGAUAGUUAUCACUCUUGAGAUAUAUGGUGUAAAAAGGAUCAUGGGGAUACCUUUUGGCUAUCGUGGAUUUUCUGACCAGGGAAUACAUGAAAUGCAACUAAGUCGGAAAGUGGUCCAAAAUAUUCACCUUGCUGGUGGAAGCUUGUUAGGAAUUUCACGUGGAGGUCCCACCAUCAGUGAGAUUGUGGACAGUAUGGAGGAAAGAGGAAUCAACAUGCUGUUUGUGCUGGGUGGAAAUGGUACACAUGCUGGUGCAAAUGCAAUCCACAAUGAGUGCCGAAAAAGACGCUUGAAAGUGGCUGUUGUUGGUGUCCCAAAAACUAUAGACAAUGAUAUUUUACAUAUGGAUAAGACCUUCGGUUUUGAUACUGCUGUAGAAGAAGCACAACGGGCAAUAAAUUCUGCCUACAUUGAGGCACAUAGUGCUUAUCAUGGUAUUGGCAUUGUCAAAUUGAUGGGUCGAAGCAGUGGAUUUAUUGCCAUGCAUGCAUCCUUAGCUAGUGGACAAGUUGAUAUAUGUCUGAUACCAGAGGUACCUUUUCAUUUGCAUGGUCCCAAUGGUGUUUUGAAGCAUUUGAGGUAUCUAGUUGAGACAAAGGGAUCAGCUGUAGUCUGCGUAGCUGAGGGAGCAGGCCAGAACUUUCUUGAGAAGACUAAUGCUACAGAUCCAUCUGGAAAUAUUGUACUUGGAGAUAUUGGUGUGCACAUUCAACAGGAGACAAAGAAGUACUUCAAGGAGAUCGAUGUUCCAGCUGAUGUGAAGUAUAUUGAUCCCACGUACAUGAUUCGUGCAUGCCGUGCAAAUGCAUCCGAUGGCAUUCUUUGCACUGUUCUAGGACAGAAUGCAGUUCAUGGAGCAUUUGCUGGAUAUGGUGGCAUUACAGUGGGCAUUUGCAAUACUCACUAUGUCUAUUUUCCAAUUCCUGAAGUCAUUUCUUACCCCAGGCAAUUGGACCCUAACAGUCGGAUGUGGCACCGUUGCUUGACAUCAACAGGGCAGCCAGACUUUACGUGAUUAUAAAGACUAGAUACCGAUUUAUUCCAAGAAAAUAUGGAUUCUAUGCACAUUGAUGUGUAAAUAAGAACAGUGAGGCCGGCUUCCGAAGAUUGAGAAAACAAGUCGGCUAGAAAUAACACAAGUGGAUUACUUCCACUUUGCAGGGCUUCAAAAUUUUCAUGUAGAAUUUUGUUAAGAUUUUGGCCUUAACCUCAUGAGUCAUGAGCCAUGAGUUAUCGCGGGAAAUAAUAUUGAAGAGGAAUCAACCCACAUUCUUGGAAUGGUUCUGAUGUUUUGUAUUAGAUAUUGUAAUAAAGUUCAAAGGCCAAAUAACAAGGAUUCUGGUUUCAUGUCCAGCCUUCUUCAA